AUGGCGUCUUCUACCAGUGACAUGACAAUUGACGAUGCUUGGGAAUCCGUGAAGUCUGUCGUGCUGACUGGAUGGUCCAAGACAACCAGACGAAUGCGUGCGGCAGGCGCGGUAUUAUUAUUCUUUAUCCUCGCAAUUCUUCUCCUCCGGCCUUCCAUCCCUGAAUCGCCUUCCCUACCAAGGCUACCGUCUCUUUCCCUCGAAUAUGGCACCGACGGGCCAAUUUCGCCAUACAACGUUAGCAAAGUCGCCCUCUUGAUCGAGAACAGAAUAAACCCGAUCCUGGCACCGCUCAUGCUACAUUUCAUGUCAGUCGUGCCUCCCGACUGGCGCUUUCGCUUCAUGGGCUCCCUCGAAUCAGUGGAGUAUCUUAAUACCAGCCGAGCAAUUCGAAAUCAUGUUGCAAGUGGGAAGCUGGACCUUACAUACAUCCCAGCGAACAUGACGACUGGAAGUCAAGAGGAGAUCAGUAGAUUCUUGACUACCUUGUGGCUAUACGAGACUGUUCUGCAGCCUGCUGAAUGGCUCCUGGUUUUCCAAACUGAUAGCAUGCUUUGUGCCAACAGCAGACAGACUCUGAACAGCUGGCUCGAUUACGAUUGGGUGGGAGCGCCGUGGAAUCCAAAUGGACGAUUUGGUGGCAAUGGUGGACUUAGUCUCAGACGCGUGAGCAAGAUUAUCGAUGUUUUGAGGAAUCAGCAGCGCAUUCACAACACAGAGCCGGAAGAUGUUUGGCUCACGGACCGACUUGGACAUCGCCCUGGCGCAAAACUUGCCAACGGAACUAUGAGUUUGACGUUCAGUGGAGAAAUGUUUGGUGGUCUAGGGGAGAAAGUUGGAGCAGACAAGAAGAAGGGGAAGAAACCCGGAGAUACGUCGAAGGCGGGCGAAUUAAUCAAAGGAAUCGAUGACUGGAGAGAUGGUUUCUACGAGCCAAUGGGUUACCACACCGGAGGUAGUGGAGAGACUCUCCAUGGUGGCAUUUGGGGUACUCCUGAGAUGCGGAAACAUAUCUGGGGUUACUGCCCAGAAGUGAAGAUGAUGCUCAAGAUGGAUGCGGCCAAAUUCGUUCCUGGAGAAUGUAACAACAACUGGAAGCGCACAGAUGAAGGAUGGAACGGAAUGUAUGGUACUGGCGGAGAAGAACAAACAGAGUGGAUUGAUGGAGAGGAAUAUCCAAUGCUACCAGCUGGUUUGAUGCCUUGGUAA